AUGUCCUCUCACUUACACUCUUUCUUCCUCUCUUCUCACUUUCACUCUUUCAUCCUCUCCUCUCACUUACACUCUUUCUUCGGAUCGUCUCCCUUUCACUUUCUUCCUCCCCUCUCAUUUUCGCUCUUUCUCCCUCUCCUCCCACAUUCACGCUUUCUUCCUCUCUUCUCACUUUCACUCGUUCUUCCUCUCCUCUCACUUUCACUCUUUAUCCGUGUCCUCUCACUUUCACUAUUUCUCCCUCUCCUCUCACUUUCACGCUUUAUUGCUCUCCUCUCACUUUCACUCUUUCUUCCUCUCCUCUCACUUUCACUCUUUAUCCGUGUCCUCUCACUUUCACUAUUUCUCCCUCUCCUCUCACUUUCACGCUUUCUUGCUCUCCUCUCACUUUCACUCUUUCUUCCUCUCCUCUCAUUUUCAUUCUUUCUUCGUGUCCUCUCACUUUCAAUUUUUAAUCGUUUCCUCUCAUUCUUGCCAUCAUCCACUUUCAAUCUCAUCUUCAAUUUCUUUACAACCAUUACUGACCAUCCUUCUGAAAUUUUUCUAACUUAUUUUUACCUCCUCCCAUCAUCUCUAGCUUCUUUUUCUUUAUAA